AUGAGAGCCCUGACAUGGACGGGAAUGGCACCUCCGGCAAUGGUGGAUCGACCGAGGAUGACUUCUCCGGUUGUUUCCUUACGACGGAUGACCAUCCGGAGAGCUCGCGUCUGUGUUAGAGCCACGGCGGCAGUUUCUGGCGGAGGAGUAGUGGAAGCGGUGGAAUUAGCUGAGAUAGGUGAGAGAAGUAAGAAAUGGAAGUGGAAAGGAGAAUAUUCGAUCAAUUAUUUUGUGAAGAGUUCGCCGGAGGAAGUAACUCCGGCGAGUCAGACUGUUCUCUUAGUUCACGGCUUCGGCGCAUCGAUUCCUCACUGGCGAAGGAAUAUAAAUGCUUUAUCCAAAAACCAUACAGUGUAUGCGAUUGAUCUUCUUGGGUUUGGUGAUUCAGAGAAGCCACCUGGUUUUAGCUACACAAUGGAGUCAUGGGCUGAAUUGAUACUCAGUUUCUUGGAGGAAGUGGUUCAGAAGCCAACUAUUUUGAUAGGAAACUCUGUUGGAAGCCUCGCUUGCGUCAUCGCUGCCUCAGAAUCACAGCAAGAUUUGGUGAAAGGUCUUGUUCUGUUGAACUGUGCUGGUGGUAUGAACAACAAAGCUGUGUUUGACGACUGGAGAAUCAAGCUUCUGAUGCCAUUGCUCUUGCUUAUCGACUUCUUGCUCAAACAAAGAAGAAUUGCUAACGCACUCUUCAACCGCGUUAAAGACAGAGAUAAUCUCAAGAACAUCUUGGCAAAUGUUUACAUAAACAAAGACAAUGUAGAUGAUACACUUGUAGAGAUUAUUGCUGGACCAGCAAACAGUGAAGGUGCACUAGAUGCAUUUGUUUCGAUCUUAACCGGUCCACCUGGACCAAACCCGAUCAAACUGAUUCCGGAAAUAACCAAACCGGUUCUUGUCUUGUGGGGAGACCAAGAUGGACUAACUCCUCUCGAUGGUCCUGUGGGUAAGUACUUCACUUCGCUUCCGGAUCAGUUACCUAACUUCAGCCUCUAUGUUCUUGAAGGCGUUGGACAUUGCCCGCAAGAUGAUCGUCCUGAUCUUGUUCAUGAGCGUCUCCUUCCAUGGCUUGAUCAGCUUUCUUCCACAUAG